AUGACGAAUAUUUCUGUUCAAGGGCAAGAAUCUUCACCACAAGAUGUGAAUCAGACUAUGAAUAAUCGUGAUCUCAAUUCGAUUGGACCUGAGUUUCGUUCGCGGUAUUGGAUAUUUUUAUUCGACAACUUAAAACGAUCGAUUGAACAAAUCUAUCAAGCAUGCGAGUCAGAUCAUAAUACUUUGCAAUGCCAAGAAGUUCUUCAAUACCUCUGUCAAUGUUGUAAAAAUUUUGAAAUUCUCAUCGAUAAUGUUCAGCAUAGACAAACUGAUGAUACGAAUAGAAUCUUUCGUAGUCUCUCAUCAAGCACAUAUCCAUUUCAGAUAGAUAUCCCACGUUUCAGACCGAUUGAAAAUUCGCAAUCCAUGUGCAAUCAUGAAUUAUUGGGCUCCGAUGAUUUAGCUCGACGACAGAAGCGUUUACAUAACAGUGAUAUCAAUUUGAAUAUAAAUCACGUAACUCCACUGACUACACUCGAUACACACCGUUUCAAAAGACAAAAAUCGAAUAGAUACCGAAAAUCAACUGAAAGUUCGAGUUUACUGUCCUUGCCCGCGUUAUUUUCUUCAACGGUAUUAACAAAUGAUUCCACAAUGACAUUAACCCCCAGCCCGAAUCAAUUAUUUCUAUCUACAAAAAGAAUAUUUACAGAUGAAGCAGCUGCAGAUGCUGAUGAUGAAAAAGAUAUUCGAGAUGAGUCAACUGAUAAUACUCGACCUCAUCGAUAUUACCAUCAACUAUCAACAUCACGACUUAAACAACAGAAUAUCACAUCUGAAGAUGAUGAUGAAGAACUUUUGUUGACGAAUCAUCGUGGAAUGAUUGACUUCAUGGAUCGACAAAUAUUUGAUGCUUUUGACCAAGAAGAAUCACUAACUGCAGCGCUAGAAGCUGAACAAGAGCGAACUAUAGCUUCAUUGAUGGCUGAACAAGAAGAUCUCGAACAUCAAUUGAAUAAUGUCAGUGAUGACCUUCUAUUAGGUGGUGAUGAUGGAUCAGAAUUAGAAGAAAGUGAAUUAUCGACAACAAAAACAUCAAUGUACUUUAUGUCAUUACAAGGCGAAGGUCCUGAAAAAAGUACAAGUCUUUUAGAUAUAUCGCAUGAUGUAGUUGACUCUGAACCCGAUGGGAAAAUUCGAGCAAAAACUCUUUAUGCACAAAAAAAGUUCUCUUCGCCUUCACGCAUUCGACCAAUCAAUGAAACUCUUCGUGAAGCCGCUGAACGACAAGCACGAGCUCUAAAACGCCGACAAAUUCUCCGAGAUGCCACCACACGCAAAAUGCGUGAAUUAACUCGACGAGUCAAUGAAGUUCGCCAGUGGAAAGAGGAACUGAUCAAGGCUCGUAAAGCCACUAUUGAAAUGAAGAUGCAUCGCGCUGAAGAGAAACGUCAAUAUUUACUUUUACUACGAGCCCGAAAAGCCGGUGAUGAAGAUUUGAAAGGACAAGAGAUCGCAUUUAUCAAAUUAUUACAGCAAGAAAACCGUCGACAGACAUUAAAAGAGCGUUAUCAAAAGGAAGAGCAAUUUAAACAGUAUCUCGAAGACGAGAGAGUGAAGAAACAUGAUGAACAUAAACAACGGGAAUUAGCAGCAGAAAAUCGGCGAAAGGAACUGGAAGCUCUACGACAAAUACGUUUGAAUGAAAUGCAAGAAAAACGCAAAACAAAAGAGAAAAUGAUUGAACAACAUUUGAAUGAAAAACGAAAACAAAAACAAACAGCUGCAAUCGCCAAACAAAAGAGUUUUCAACAAAAACGAGCUGAGCGUGUAGCACGUCUCAAAUCUACCACAGUCGAACUGAAGAAGAAAUUAGCAUUAAAACAAGAAGAAAGUGAUCGACGACAUGUGACACAAAUCGAGGAAAUCCGUCGGAAGGCUGUAGAAAUGAGUGCAAUGCGUGGACCAAGUGCGGAAAAUUCUCAUCACCAUACUUCUCCGCAAGAUGACAAUAAAGCAACGACAACGACAACAGCUGUUUCAGCAACUGAAGAACCGGUUGCUACUCGUAAAUGCUGUACGCUUUGUAAUCUUUUGUUAGCAUCUGAUCUUCAUUUACAAACACAUUUACGUGGAACACGUCAUAAUCAAUUAUUAAUCGAACGAACGAGUCAAAAGAAUGAAAAUGGAACGAAAAAAUCACCGACACAAGAAGAAAUUGAUACAUUCAAUACUGAAUGUAUAGCAACAGUGACAAAUGAUGAUAUUGUUCGACAAGAAUUCGCUUUCAAUAAGGAACGAAAACAUACGAUGAAGAAACGAGCAAAAAAGUUACGUCUUCGAAUAACUCAACGUUCAACAGCGUACGAAGCUGAAAAUGCUCAACGACCGCAUUUAACAUCUACUCACAAACCACGUAUUCAACGUUUUCUACACGAGUUAGAAAAAUCAUUAAAUACAACCGCUCGAAAAGAACCAUUGAACACGACGAAUUAUUUAGCAUGUCAACGAAUUCUAACUGAAUUUGUCAAAAUUUUCGACACGCAUGGUUACGAGAAGGAUUCUCCAUUGGAGCAACGAGUGUUUUUCAGUCUCAAUGGUUAUUCAACAUUGACAAAAAUGAUUGAAUUACGUGCCGAAUGUCAUAAACCAGCUCUUGCGCCUGAAAGUCUCAUCGCUUUGGCCGCAUCCGUAUAUCGCGCCGCUACAAAAAAUAAUCUCGAGAAUGCCUUGUACAUACUAAAGAGCGGAAAGAUUUUGACGCUUAUUGAAAGUUUAGUUCGACAUUUGACUGGUUUAAAUAUUGACGAUGUGACAACAAUCAAUGGUGAUCACAAUGAAAGUGAAAAACUUGCUCAAAUUGAUUUAGUGAACAAUUUAGCUGAAGUUCUUGCUAAUUCAAUGACAAUAUAUAAUUCGAUCCUGGAUGACAUACGAAAACACGAAAAGGAAACCAAUGAGGAUAAAUCAACCAUCAAUUGUUUAACUGACAUCAUCAGUUAUAUGGCCAAUGUCGGUGUUCUGGAUCGUAUUGCAACAUUCUUUCGUACAGCUCGAGCGAUUAUUAAUACUACAAAAUCACGUUUACCAGAUAUGAUAACUCAUCUACUCAAUCUCGUACAACAAAUGAUACUUUUUUCUCGGCCAAAGCAAUGUCAUUCACCGUUUGGUCAAUCAUCGAAGAAAUCCAGCAAUGAUCCAGCUCAAGUACUGAACAUAAUGAAAUCAACCAACUUCUGUGAAAUAUUCUUCUUACUCUACGGCAUUCUCGUUCAUGAAACAGACAAUAACAAUCAAAUCAUUCAUGACAACCAUCAUACGAUAACCUUACAUGAAAAAACAUUGAUUAUCGUACAAAAUUCUUUAAUUCUUUUGAACACAAUUGCAAUUCUCGAUCUCGAGACAUUUCAAACUGUUCUCGGCGAAGACACCAUUUCAUUGCAACUUCGACAUGUGACAAAUUAUAUUCUCGCUUAUUGUAAUCACCAACAAACAAGUAUUAGUGACACUCUUCUUAAUCAAAUUAUCCUUCUCAUUGGAUAUUAUUGCGUUUUAAACCAAGAUAAUCAAUGUCGUUUGGCUUUUGGAAAUCGGCCUACUGUUCUACAACAACUAUCAUGUUUACCAUUUCGUUAUUUUGUCGAAUCGAAAUAUAUGGAUAUACUUUUCCCGACACUGAUUGCUUGUUCCUUCGACUGCGAAACAACACGGACGAUUCUUCAAACUGAAAUGUCACUUGAUUUAAUUAUUAAUUUUAUUCAAACUAAAUUAAAUGAAACGAACGAAAAUGAUAAUGAAUUCGGAUUUCAUAUGAGAUUUCCUCGAGAUGAAUGGAAUAACGCGUUGAAAUAUUAUCGUCCCAUCUCGAAAUUACCAUUGAAUUCAAUCGCAACUCAUGAACCAUCUGGUAAUAAGAACCAUAAUGAUGAAGAAAAAGAAAAUGUUUCUGAUAUACUUAGUAAAGAGAUAAAAGCCUAA